AGGAGGAGAAAUACGGCGUGGUGAUAUGCAGCUUCCGAGGAGCUGUACCACAAGGUUUAGUUCUGGAACUAGGUGAAACUGUCCAGAUCCUAGAGAAGUGUGAAGGUUGGUACAGAGGUGUUUCAGUUAAGAAGCCCAAUGUAAAGGGGAUUUUUCCUGCAAACUAUAUUCACUUGAAAAAGGCAAUUGUGAGUAACAGAGGGCAAUAUGAAACGGUCGUUCCACUUGAAGAUUCUGUUGUCACGGAAGUCACGGCAACACUGCAGGAAUGGGCUGUGCUCUGGAAACAACUGUAUGUGAAACAUAAGGUGGAUCUUUUCUACAAACUGCGCCAUGUGAUGAAUGAGCUCAUUGACCUCCGCAGGCAGCUGCUGUCAGGUCACUUGACGCAGGAUCAGGUACGGGAGGUCAAGAGACACCUCACAGUGCGGCUGGACUGGGGCAAUGAACAUUUGGGCCUAGAUUUAGUUCCUCGGAAGGACUUUGAGGUUGUGGAUUCAGAUCAGAUCAGUGUUUCAGAUCUUUAUAAAAUGCAUUUAUCAAGUAGACACAGCGUCCAGCAGAGCACAUCACAGGUGGAUACAAUUCGUCAGCGUCAUGGGGAAGCUUGCCGUAUGCCAGUGCCUCAUCACUUCUUCCUCAGUCUAAAGAGCUUCACCUACAACACAAUUGGAGAAGACACAGAUGUCUUUUUUUCUUUAUAUGAUGUUCGAGAGGGCAAGCAAAUCAGUGAGAGGUUUAUGGUGAGGUUAAACAAGAACGGAGGCCCCAGGAAUCCAGAGAAGAUAGAUCGAAUGUGUGCACUUUUCACAGAUCUCAGCAGCAAGGACAUGAAGAGGGAUUUGUACAUAGUUGCCCAUGUAAUUCGAAUAGGUCGCAUGUUGUUAAAUGAUUCAAAAAAAGGGCCCCCACAUUUACACUAUCGCCGUCCCUAUGGCUGUGCAGUCUUGAGCAUCAUGGAUGUACUUCAGUCAAUCUCUGAACUGAAAGAAGAGAAGGAUUUUGUUCUCAAAGUUUACACGUGUAACAACGAAAAUGAAUGGUAUCAGAUCCAUGAAAAUAUUAUUCGCAAAUCCAGCACCAAAUACACAGCACCCAGCUCAAACUAUGGACUUAUAAUAUCUCUCCAGCUUCUUCGUGGUGACAUGGAGCAAAUUCGAAGGGAAAAUCCUAUGAUCUUUAACCGCGGGGUUUCUGUUGCCAGGAAGCUGGGAUUUCCCGAUGUGAUAAUGCCAGGUGAUAUACGCAAUGACUUAUACCUGACGUUAGAAAAGGGAGACUUUGAGAGAGGUGGGAAGAGCGUGCAGAAGAACAUCGAGGUGACCAUGUAUGUUCUGUACGCGGAUGGAGAGAUCUUGAAGGACUGCAUCAGCCUGGGCUCAGGAGAGCCGAGCAGGAGCGCGUAUCACUCUUUUGUCCUUUACCACAAUAACAGCCCUCGCUGGGGGGAAAUCAUCAAGCUACCCAUCCCCAUAGACCGGUUUCGUGGGUCUCACCUCCGGUUCGAGUUCAGACAUUGCUCCACAAAAGACAAGGGAGAAAAGAAGCUCUUUGGCUUUGCAUUCACUCCAUUAAUGAGAGAUGAUGGUACUACCUUGUCAGAUGACAUUCACGAGCUUUAUGUUUAUAAGUGCGAUGAGAACAGCACGUUUAAUAAUCACGCACUGUACCUGGGGCUGCCUUGCUGCAAAGAGGACUACAACGGCUGCCCCAACAUCCCUUCCAGUCUCAUUUUCCAACGCAGCACCAAAGAGACCUUCUCCGUCUCCACGCAGCUUUCUUCUACCAAACUGACCCAGAAUGUGGAUUUGCUUGCCCUCCUGAAAUGGAAAGCUUACCCAGAUCGUGUAAUGGAUAUCCUAGGAAGACUGAGACACGUCAGUGGCGAGGAAAUUGUUAAGUUCCUACAAGAUAUUCUCGACACGUUGUUUGUAGUUUUGGAUGACAACACAGAAAAGUAUGGGCUGCUAGUCUUUCAAUCUUUGGUGUUCAUCAUAAAUCUGCUGCGUGACAGCAAGUAUUUUCAUUUUCGACCUGUUAUGGACACUUACAUUCAGAAGCACUUUGCAGGAGCACUGGCUUACAAAGAAUUGAUCCGAUGUUUGAAGUGGUACAUGGACCGCUCAGCUGAGCUUGUACGACAAGACCACAUCCAGGAAGCAAUGAGAGCUUUGGAAUAUCUUUUCAAGUUCAUAGUCCAAUCUCGGAUCCUUUACUCCAGAGCUACUUGCGGGAUGGAGGAAGAACAGUUCCGCUCCAGCAUCCAAGAGCUUUUCCAGUCCAUCAGAUUUGUGCUCAGCUUGGACAGCAGGAGCUCUGAGACUCUCAUCUUCACACAGGCUGCUUUGCUGAACUCCUUCCCCGCUAUCUUUGACGAGCUGCUACAGAUGUUCACCGUGCAGGAAGUAGCAGAGUUUGUGAGGGGUACCCUGGGCAGCAUGCCCAGUACGGUACAUAUUGGGCAAUCAAUGGAUGUUGUUAAGUUGCAGUCUAUUGCACGCACUGUUGACAGCCGCCUGUUCUCUUUCUCAGAGUCCCGGCGCAUCCUGCUACCUGUGGUUCUUCACCACAUUCACCUUCACUUACGACAGCAGAAGGAGCUACUCAUCUGCUCUGGGAUCCUCAGUAGUAUCUUCUCUAUAAUCAAGACCAGCUCUUUGGAAGGAGAUGUCGUGGAGGAGGUUGAGAUGAUGGUGGAGAGCCUCCUGGAUGUGCUUUUACAAACUCUACUUACAAUCAUGAGUAAAUCGCAGUCUCAGGAGGCGGUAAGAGGGCAGCGUUGCCCGCAGUGCACAGCAGAAAUCACUGGAGAAUAUGUGUCCUGCCUUUUGUCAUUGCUUCGUCAGAUGUCGGACACGCAUUUCCAGCACUUACUGGACAAUUUCCAAAGCAAGGAUGAGCUAAAGGAAUUUCUACUGAAGAUUUUCUGUGUAUUUCGGAACCUGAUGAAGAUGAGUGUCUUCCCUCGGGACUGGAUGGUGAUGAGGUUGCUCACCAGCAAUAUCAUAGUUACAACAGUUCAGUACCUGUCUUCUGCACUGCACAAGAAUUUCACGGAAACAGACUUCGAUUUUAAAGUGUGGAACUCUUAUUUCAGCUUGGCUGUUCUGUUCAUAAACCAGCCAAGUCUCCAACUAGAAAAUGCCACACCAGCUAAGAGAAAGAAGAUUCUAGAUAAAUAUGGUGACAUGAGGGUGAUGAUGGCAUAUGAACUCUUCAGCAUGUGGCAGAACCUGGGUGAGCAUAAGAUUCACUUUAUUCCGGGAAUGAUUGGCCCCUUUCUUGGUGUUACGCUCGUCCCACAACCAGAAGUCCGGAACAUCAUGAUCCCCAUCUUUCAUGACAUGAUGGACUGGGAACAGAGAAAGAACGGCAACUUCAAGCAGGUGGAAGCAGAGUUGAUCGAUAAGCUGGACAGCCUGGUAUCAGAAGGCAAAGGUGAUGAGAACUACAGGGAGCUCUUCAGCCUGCUAACCCAGCUCUUUGGGCCUUAUCCCAGCUUACUGGAGAAGAUUGAGCAGGAAACGUGGCGGGAGACAGGAAUCUCUUUCGUUACAUCGGUUACUCGCCUCAUGGAGCGUCUACUUGACUACAGGGACUGUAUGAAAGGAGAUGAAACGGAGAACAAGAAGAUUGGCUGCACUGUUAACCUUAUGAACUUCUAUAAGUCUGAAAUUAAUAAGGAAGAGAUGUACAUCCGCUAUAUUCACAAGCUGUGUGACAUGCACUUACAGGCUGAGAACUAUACAGAGGCUGCAUUUACUUUGCUUUUGUACUGUGAGCUGCUUCAGUGGGAGGACAGACCUCUGAGAGAGUUCCUGCAUUAUCCGUCUCAGUCAGAGUGGCAACGUAAGGAAGGUCUGUGCCGUAAGAUUAUCCAUUACUUCAACAAAGGGAAGAGUUGGGAGUUCGGCAUCCCGCUGUGCAGAGAACUGGCCAUACAAUAUGAAAGUCUCUAUGACUAUCAGAGCCUCAGCUGGAUUCGGAAAAUGGAAGCUACCUAUUACGACAAUAUCAUGGAACAGCAGCGCUUGGAACCUGAGUUCUUCCGAGUUGGUUUUUAUGGUCGGAAAUUCCCAUUUUUCCUGCGGAACAAGGAAUACGUGUGUCGGGGCCACGACUAUGAGAGACUGGAAGCCUUCCAGCAGAGGAUGCUGAGCGAGUUCCCCCAAGCCAUUGCCAUGCAGCAUCCAAACCACCCGGAUGACUCUAUAUUGCAGUGUGAUGCCCAGUAUUUACAGAUCUAUGCAGUGACUCCCAUCCCGGACAAUAUCGACGUGCUGCAAAUGGACCGUGUCCCUGAUCGCAUAAAGAGCUUUUACCGAGUCAACAAUAUCCGGAAAUUUCGCUAUGACAGGCCUUUCCAUAAAGGCCCAAAGGACAAGGAGAAUGAAUUUAAGAGCUUGUGGAUUGAACGUACCACUCUGACCUUGACUCACAGUUUGCCUGGGAUCUCUCGUUGGUUUGAAGUGGAAAGAAGAGAACUGGUUGAAGUCAGUCCUUUGGAAAAUGCCAUUCAAGUGGUUGAGAACAAAAACCAGGAGCUGAGAACACUGAUAAGCCAGUACCAGCACAAACAAAUGCAUGGGAACAUUAAUCUUCUCAGCAUGUGUCUGAAUGGAGUGAUUGAUGCAGCCGUGAAUGGGGGAAUAGCACGCUACCAGGAGGCCUUCUUUGAUAAAGAUUAUAUCACAAAGCACCCUGGGGAUGCAGAGAAGAUCACACAGCUCAAGGAACUCAUGCAGGAACAGGUACAUGUCUUAGGAGUGGGUCUGGCAGUCCAUGAAAAAUUUGUACACCCAGAAAUGCGUCCCCUACAUAAGAAACUGAUAGAUCAGUUCCAGAUGAUGCGAUCCAGUUUGUACCAUGAGCUACCUGGUUUGGAUAAGCUGAGUCCAGCCUGUUCAGGCACUAGCACACCACGCAGCAAUGUUCUGGUUUCACAUGGACCUAUGAGCCCAGAGAGCAUAAAGCUGAUGCAUCGACACAGCCCGCUGAACUUGCUCGGUUCAGUCCGACACUCGUCAUCCUCUCUGUCAUCCCACACCUCCAGUGAAACAGGAAACCUGGUUAUCCUAACAGACAGUUCGGUGGGGGAGACUGCUGAGGAUAUGUACCACAUGCAGCUUGUUUACCCUAACUCCAGGUACCAAGGCUCAGUCACCAACGUGUCUGUUUUAUCCUCGUCCCAGGCCAGCCCUUCCACCUCAAGCCUGAGCUCUACCCACUCUGCACCAUCCCAGAUGAUUAACUCUGCCCCUUCCAGUGCACGAGGCUCUCCCUCUCUACCAGAUAAGUACCGCCACACUCGGGAGCUGAUGAUGUUGCUGCCAACCCAUCGGGACCGACCCAGCAGCGCCAUGUAUCCCACAGCUAUCAUGGAAAAUGGACAGCCUCCAAGUUUCCAGCGCGCCUUGAUCCAGCAAAUGAUUGGACCAUGCAAACCUUGCAGUGAUCCCAACCUGUCUGUGGCUGAGAAAGGACACUACUCGCUGCACUUUGAUGCCUUCCAUCAUCAGCUCAGUGAUGCUCCUCCAGCACUGCCUGCACGAACAUUGCGCAAGUCCCCUCUUCAUCCCAUCCCUGCAUCACCCACCAGUCCCCAGUCCGGCCUGGAUGGAAGUAACUCCACCUUAUCUGGCAGCGCCAGCAGUGGCGUCUCCUCCCUGAGUGAGAGUAAUUUUGGACAUUCCUCUGAACCCCCUCCUCGCACAGACACCAUGGAUUCUGUCCCAAGCCAGUCCUGGAAUACUGAUGAAGAUCUAGAGACACCCUACCUCCCUGUCAGGUACAGUCUCUCUGAGCCUGAUGUCCUAGAGUCACUCAAAUCCCAGCCGUGCCGAAGCCACUCUGCACCAUCUGGAGUCAUUCCUCAGGACACCAUGGACCCACCAGCUCUACCCCCCAAACCUUACCAUUCCCGGCUCCCAAACGUGGAGAACGAAGAGGGAAUGAUAAUUGAUGAUGACGACAAACACCGUCCAUUGCAUCGCAAAGUGUCCCAACCAGUGAGCGGUGGAAAGGAAGAACAGGCCAGGGUAGCGUGGGAGCAUGGCAUCAGUGAGCAGUAGGGGAACUCCUGGGCAAGCAGCUUGCAUCAUCAUUCCCGGUCUGACAAGAACGAAGAGACAUCAGGACUCAGAGAACAGCAAACCAAUUUUCUACUGCCGUGAGUUAAUGUCUGGAGCCCACACAAUCAAUUUGGGCCAGCAUGCAAGGUUGCUGCUUUCCUUUUUAAUUUCUUUUUACACCUUUCAGUUGUGUUUUUAACUUUCUGUGCAGUGGACGGUUUAUUCCUUCUGCAGUUUCUUAACCACACCACAUGGCACAUGAGCCACCGAGACUUGCAGAAGCUGAAAAAUUUUAAGGGGGGGUGGGGGGAGUGGGCGGGAGGAAACGUGACAAGUUGAUUUUAAAACUGCUUUCCUCCCAGUUCUGAGACGCACACGAGUAGAAGCAGUUGCACUAGGGACUUACUUCUUUGCUGUACAGAAGUGAAAGCUCAUUGCUGAAUUCAGGGAUUCUAUGAACUGUCAGGCUGGAAGGUGCAUGAGCUGCAGGCAGUAGAAGAUGGCAAUUCUAAGAAGAAAUUGGCUCUUUUGAGAGCAGGAUUGUACAUAUCUGUGCAGUGAUCUCCCUGCAUUGGUUCACAGGUGCUGAGGCGAUCUAACCAGUGCUCAUGCACUGAUUUCCAACGUAUCAUUUCCAACAAACUCUGCCUCCUUUGUUUUUUCACGUACUGUUUGAUUUCCUAAAUUUUGCUUUCACUGGCUAAGCCAACCUGCUUUCUCAUUGGAAUCAUAUGAUAUUCAUCUACACUACAGGGUGAAAGAAGGUUAGUAGCCAUUGGAGCUGCAACUUGAUUGGAGGCCUUUCUUAUGCCUAACUUCAGGCAGGCUGUUGACACCAGCAUUUCUAUUCCAGUGUAAAAAAUAAAAAAAUAAAAGUUGAGCUACUCAUGCCACAGCUGAUUGAUGACUCAGCCAGUAAAGGAAAGGUGGCUUAAACACAUCAUAUUCCCAGUCCUUGCCGCAGGGCUGAACAAUCAUGAUCCUCAUCAACUUCCAUCACCCAGGAGCUGAGAUUCAUUACCUGUUAUCAUAAUAUCCUCAGUCCUUCUUGAACACUCACUGCAGCUGGUGUACAGGCGCUCCAUCCCCUGCUGUAGACCGAAAAGGCUAAAAUGUAAGAAAUGCCCAGUGUAUAAUGUGCACCCUAAAGUCAGGGAUUUUAAAGGCAACCUGUAAAGAAGAAACACUUGUUUCCUCUUUUGCUUCUUCAGUAUGUAUAAAGAAGCUUUAAAGCUUCUAUUUUGCUUAUGGGAGGUUAAAUUUCCCCCUUCCCCCAUGCUGCAAUACAGGGUUUUUUCGUUUUUUAUUGCCAGAUUCUGUAAAGGUUUGAAGAAUUUAGUGGAAGUGUGAUGUUAGAGAAAACAAAAAACAGAACUAUUGCAGAGAGGGAGGCAAUGUUAGUCUAUGAAUGCAAAAAUAAGCCUAAUAAUAUUUGCUUAGUUUAAUACAUGAUAAACCAGGAAAAUAUUCUGCAGUAACAGAGCCAACACUUGUUUUUCUAAUAAAUAAAUAAAUAAAUAAAUCUUUUAUUCCUAUUUUUUUCCCCAAGAAACUUUCAGUCAGAAGGAGGGAGAAAGUAUCAAAUAUUUAAUAUUUCUUAGCUAAACAAGGAAUGCUCCUUCUGCUUACCACACCUAUACACCUUUUAGCCUUCCUUAUAUCCCUUUUCACCUGCAGAUUGCAAAGCACACUCCAGAGGAUGGUAAGAGAGAAACCACACACUUUCUUACCAUUGAAAACUCUGCAGCACAUUCAAAUAAGAGAAUUCCUCCACCACACAAAUUGUCAGAAACAGGAACAGCACUGAACACGCAUAUCCAGUUCUUGUGCCAAGCACUUACCUUCUCAUGCUACAUCCAUAAUGCUACAAAUAUAAUAUGCUUUGCAUAAAGAAGCAAAAAGGAUAUCACAAAUCUUUUUACAGGUCACCUUUAGCACUACCUCUAAAUAACAUGACUGGGCAGAGUACAUUGUUCUGAAUUCUCCUGAAGAUAGUCUGUCUGCAUGAAGUCUGGACUCAGUCAGCUCUUGUAUGAAAGGGAUUUUUAAGAGGAUUUGUAUCUUGUCUUUCUCAAAUUCUAUCCCAUGUGAAAGUAAUAGAGUUUUGUUUUUGUUUCUUAAAUGGCCUGUUUGGCUGGAACAAAUUCUCUCUUGCUUCCUCUACUUUGUUACUAACACAGGCUGCUUGUAAUGACUGUAUCAUUGACAACAAAAACAAUGAUAUUAAAACCUGGCUUACAGUGAACAAUUCAUCUCUAUCAGGAAGGAGAGUUUUCCAAUGCUAAGACAGUCCUAAACCUUAAUGAACAAAGUCAGACCCCUGGUAUAGAUCAAAUAGAUCAAAUGUAUGAAAAUUGUUCUCAGUGAAGUCAGGAUAACCUCUUAGAAAUUAAUAAAUUAUUUUCACAUAUGCUAUUCUCCAAUCUGAUUGAGAUUCUUCAAGUGAAAUUUUAGGAGAACUAAGUAUUCAGUUUCAUCUCCCCGUCCCUCUUUUUGGUAGGAAGAUUAAAAAGGAGUAAACGUAGUGAUUUAUUGAGCUUCCCCAUAGCAAAAACAGCAGGUCUUGGAAAUAAAGCUUUGUAAAAGCAAGUCUGCAAUUAACAUAGGACUAAGUCCCAGUCUGUUAGAAAACCUACCAGCUGGGCUAAACAAUCUCUUCAGAACACACCCUCCUGCUCUGAUCAGAGAGACUGCAAAACAGCUGUGUGCCCAUUUUGGCAUAUGUGAUGUUAUUGCAUUUUUUUUUUUUUUAAGUGUCUGAAGAUCAAAUCAUGUACGCAAAUACCCAGUUUAUGGUAGGUCCACACAGAGACAGGCAGAUUCACUUACUUAUAAAAUUUGAGCAACUUUGGGCUUAAUUUCUAUUCCUGAUCCAAUGUCUGCCAUGCAUUUUGUCUCCCCUUCCAGUGCUUAAUUUCAAAGGGGACAAAAGAUAGAAAGACUAUUCCAAAAAAAUCGAGAUUUCAUAGAUGUUGAAAUAAUAGUGCUGUGCAGGGUGGGUUGUCUUAUAGCGUAUAAAACUGCAACGUCAAACUCAGUCCUGCAGCAGGUGGAAGCAAUAGCACUUGGUUCAUUUGCCCCUCAAGAUGUGAGGAUUCAUUGUAUAACCGCAGUAACAGGAUGGUUUAGAAGGGUACAUGAUUAUUCUAUAUUCAUGUAUUAAGUUUGAAUCAGAAGUACUUGCCUUAGGUUUCUGCAUAACAAAUAUGUAUUCCCAAGAAAACCAGUGGAAAUCUGCUACAAAUCUCUCCAUCUUCAAUGUACCUGCUGGCCCCAUCUGAAACAAAAGUGAGAAGGAACUACAGUAAUAGACAAAAAAUACUUAGAAAAAUAUCACUGAAACCUAUACAUUUUUUUCUCAAUGGUUGGGAAGAAAGCUUUCAUUUCAUUGCUAUGUGAAAGACUAAGAUUUCUUUUCUUUCUCCCCUUCCUUUCAUUUCCCCUUUAGCUUACUUGCCCUUUUUUAUAGGUAAGUAAGUAAGGGAUAUAGCAUAUCCUUUCUGUGGGAGAAUCAGCCAAAACUGGGGAGGCUGGAGAGAGCAAAAGCCUUUGGGAAACAAAUUAGAUGAUAUUUAAAAUUUUCUCUGAUCAUACUUCUUUGUAAAUACCCCCAUCUGAAUGCUGUGUAUUUGUACAGGAAAUUGAGCAAAAAAUGUAUAGAUUGUGAUGUCUGACUGGUAUUCUGCCCUGUAAAUGUGUUUUUAACCUCUGGCAUUCUGUGCUUAUUUAAAAAAGGCAAAAACCUCUAACCACUUCUCUUUUGUGUAUCCAUGUUUAAAAUAAAAUCAAAAAAAGCUAUCUAUAAUGGAAAUCAAAUUUAAAAGGAGAAAAUAAUUUGUACAAGUGUCCUAAAGGUACUUCAUUGUAUAUAUUGUGAUAGCAUGUUUCCAGAACCAACAAAUAAGUGGUGUGAAUUUUAGAUGUAAAUAUCUGCCGUUUGUUUGGGGUUUCUUUCCCUUACCCAUUCACUCGACUGCUGUGAUGUGGAAUUAAAGAUUAAUACCUGAUAUUAAAA